AUGGGCGAUUCGGGUAUUGCAUCAAAAGAGGGCCUAGUCAAGCAGGUUAGCGUUGAGAAGGAUAUAAAUCUGGGUAUUGAUGUGCCUGCUUCUGGUGGUAAUUUAAGUCAAUACGCUCAAUUUACUAAUGCUUCGAAGGUCGAAGGGAAAAGAAGUGGCAAUGUGGCAUUUUCUAGGAAAGCUCAACUUGAACGACUACUAGAAUGCAAUGGAGAUGAAGUUCUAAAGGCAGAAGGUGGUACCAAGGUCCGGAAGUUCACAGAGUGGGCUCUUAAAUGUUCAAGUGUCCACUCUCAUUGCCAGGAAAAUAGAGAUGAAGUGGGAUUCUACCACCGCGAUUCAGCUACAUCUAUCUGCUUUUCAAGCCAUUGUAGAUCUUACUAG